AUGAUAAUCGUCGUAAUAGUCGUAAUAGUGUUUGUUAUGAUCGAUAUUCUUAUCGUUCUCCACGUGGUCGGUACCCUUCUAGGGAAUCGUCCCGUGAAAGAAGUUCAUCUCGCCAUUCCUCUGCAUCGUACGAUUAUCCCUAUUCACCAUCUAGUCGAUUUCAUCUAUUCACCAUCUAGGCGCCAUUAUCGCGACAGAGACUACCACCAUCAGUCUCAUCGCAACCACUCUCCCUAUCGUCGAUCUGAACGUGAUUCAGAACGAAUACGACGCCACCCGCAACGCCGCCACUCACCAUCUCCAUCUUCACCACCUUACGGGGUCAGAUUUCGUGCUAAUCCACGCGAUAGUCUUUUGCCCGUACGCCGCAGAAACCAUUUUAGCCCAGAAUCCAGUAGCCAUGUCGCCGACACGGACGACAAGAUGCAUAACGCUCUUGAUUGCCGUCCGGUCGACGACCCUUCCACCCUUACCACUUCAUCCAAUCACCAACGCCCUCUUCUUAUGACUGUUAAGGCUCACAUUCGUAACCCUAAGACGAAAACCCUUGAAACGGUCAACGUCAUGCUGGAUUCAGGAGCCCAAAGCAGCUUCAUAAGUAACGCAGCCACUAAGCGCCUAUCUCUUAAACCCUACGACCACAAGCCGCUGACCGUCAUCGGAUUCGGAGGUCAUCGUUCAACCCAAGAAUCCGGCACAGUCGACGCCACCCUCUUAGACGCCGCAAACAAACCAUUCCCUGUAACCCUACGAACUUAG